AUGGGAAACAUAACAUCUAUUACCAAAAAACUAAAUAAACAUAAUACUCAAGCAGGUGCUGAUACCGAUCCAUCCAACUUGUUUGGUAAUGGCUGUAGCAUAAGAACUAAUUCAAAUGUGAGAAUUAUAGGUGGUCGCCCUUUUUUAGAUGAGAACACUUCUAUUUAUGUUUGUCCCACUGAUUGGCAAGAAGCUGAUAGAGCUCAAAUGGGUCAUUACACAUUGAAACACUUACUUGGAGGUAGUUAUACUGCUUCGCUUUCAGAUAUUCUUAAACCUGGAAGUAAAGUUUUAGUAACUCAAAAAUUUCCUGAUGCUGAGGUACAUGGCGUAGAUAUUGUUUCAUCUUUUCCAACUGAAAUAAAACCUCAAAAUUGUUACUUCAAACUAUGUAACGUACUCGAAGGUUUGCCAUUCGACAGCAACGAGUUCGAUUAUGUUUUUAUGAGACAUAUGCUUGCUGCAUUAAAGAAGGACCAAUGGGAUCCACUAUUUCGUGAGAUAAUGAGAGUAUUAAAACCUGGUGGUGUUGUUGAAUCUGUAGAGGAAAUGGAUUUCCAAUUUACUUCAAAACUUGAACAAACAAUUAAAAAUGUGGGAUUUCAAAACGUAAAUGGUAUUCGUAAAAUCGUGCCUCUUGGAAAGUAA